CUGGGUGGAACAAUCAGAAUAGAGGCGCGUAGAAAAAUGCAGGCGGAUGAUUCCCUGCGGAGAUCAUCCAUCAUCUAACUACAACUUUUACUUCUUUCUACACCUCAUCUUUCUUUCCUCCCUCCCUCCUUCAAGUAUUUUGCCCCCUCCUCCUUCUCCUCCCUCCCUCUCUUUCUCUCUUGGUGUCGAUUCUCUGUCAAUCUCCCACACCUCUUGAUUCUUCCGGUCGGUUCUUCCCCCUUUCUUUUAUAAUCUACAGCUACCGAUCGAUCUACAAUACUUGGAUCUCCUGCGUCGGGGGGGUGGAAGCUGACGCGCGCAGCUAGCUACUACCAGGUA